UGGGAGAUAGCACAAGAAUACAGACUCACUUCCAGUAACCUAAAACUAAGUAUCAUACAGAACCAGUGUACUUGUGAAAUGUGGCCAUUAAAUGUUAGAACAGUGUGGUGUUCUCUACUGGUGGUGGUUUAUGUUGUAACAGACUUUGUUCUGGCUGAUGUGGGAGCCACUGAACAGUUUUGUGCUGAAGAAUCCAUUACAACUGGUGAGUCAAUAUUCACCUGCUCCUGUCCUUCAGUCACUGAUACACUGAUCGUACAGGACAAGAACAUCAGUUACGAGAACAGGCACAUCAAUAUUCCAGAUAACACCCAACACUGGAGGAUUGGUGGAUGUUCAACAGUGCACCUCAGUGGUCCAACUCUUACUUCCCUCAACAAUAUUCACACACUACACCUUCACGACAUAGAUCAUGUACAUCUGGCCUAUGACUUCUUCACACAAUACAAUUCCCCUCUACAGAUCUUGAGGCUGUCCCACUGCACCUUUGAUACCCUGCAAGGAUCACUAAACAUUCAUGCCCACAAACUGAAGAAUAUUUCUUUGGAAAAGAUGAACUGGAAUGAUCAAAUUGACAUCCUCAUCCAAACACAAGAAGGACAACAAUUGGAUCUUGUAGCCAUAAGGAACAGCAAUAUCAAAGUGCUCGGAGAAAUCAACUUAUCGUCGAGAUACGUCCAUACUUUUGUACUGGAAAAUAACAACAUUGGGAGCAUAAAAACUGGCGCCAUCAUCCAGGAUUCACACGAGACCAUCAUCCAGGGUAAUUACAUUGGUGCCCUCAACUUCCUCUCCAUGGAUACUGACACUUAUAAUUUUACACUCCAAGGGAAUACCAUCAAGAGUCUAGCACUGGAGAGUUUGGUGGUAAACAGUGCCAUUCUAUUACAGGUCAAUAAUAAUUCAUUUUUUCACAUAGAAAGGCUUGGACUGACUUGGCUACGUUCAAAGUAUGAUCAAGGUACAUUUGUAUUUUCCAGUAAUCACUUCUAUGAACAUGGACGUGGUAGUCUCAUAUUUUACUUUACAAUAUUUAAUGAAAAGUUGAAAAUGCAAAACAACAUACUGCACACAACACACUGUACCUGUAACACUUUAAAAUAUAUUGAGGAGAUGACAGAAAUGAAUGAAAGAACAUUGAACAGUUUCAUUCAAGAAAGAAAGGACACUUACAAACUAUUUAUGCAUUCAUCUUUCUGUUUGGAUAAAAACGGAAAGAGUCAUUUAUCAAGUCUUUGUAAAACAAGUGAGGUAAAUCAUCAUUACUGGAAAAUUUCAGUGGCAGUUAUUAUUGUCAUAAUUAUAAUUGGAUUUUUGGUACUGGCAGUGAAGACACACAAAGGCCAUAGAAAGUACGCAAGGCUCACAGUAAAAACAUGACUGAGUCUAUAACCUUUACACAACCAGGGCAUUCCUGUAUUCUACUUUUGUAAAUAACUCGGGAAAAUCUUGUAUAUUGACGGUUAAAAUUAGCAACUUCUACAUAUUCAGUAAAGUGGGUAAAAGUAAUUUUCUUUUACAUACUUGGUAACUAUGAUGCUUAAAUACAACUUCCUCAAACCACUAACAGUUAGGCACAUAUUUACUCAUUCUUUUUCACUGAAAUAUAUCGCCUUCCGUCUUUAUUAUUAUUUAGUGUAUAUAUUAUACUUUAAUCACACACAUACAUCCUCUAUUGCAUUAUAUCCACAUUCAUCCUGGACAUCCCUUCUCCUUGUAUCCAUCAUUUCCUCUCUUCCAACGUACAACUUCCUUGUCAGUCAUCCCCUCUCUUCCACUGUCGUCGAUGAUCCAUACACUCUUUACCAACCUCAAUUUUCAGUUAUCUAAACAAAACCCCAUUUUCUCUUCUUGAAAAGUAACUUUUACCAAACAAGUUAUACCAGUACUGUACUUACUCCACUUCCUGUUGAAAGCCAAUAUGAGAGCCACCAGGAACUGAAGGCCGUAAAUCCAAC